CUGCGACGCGCGCUCGCCACGUCACCACCAGGAGAUCCGUGUGUUUGUUGUGUUGCGUUGCGUGCCGGCUAGCUGUCUCUUUACCAGAUCCUCCCACCGGCUGACAGCGAAUAACAAAGACAAUGUCCACCGCGGAGGACUUCACGCAGCUCCCGCGCGCGGCGUGGGACGAGGCCGUGCUGACCAAGGUAAACGAGGCCGUCGUUUUCAUGGACGACGCGUGCGCGGAGUCCCUCCACUGGUGCGGAGGCGCCGCCCGCCUGUUCGAGGCCGGCGCGCGGGACGUCAAGCGGUUCUCCAGCUUCGAAGCCGGCGGCGAGAAGGAGCCGAAGGCCGUGUUCGUGGUGAGCACCCUGCUGAGGGGCCGCGCGGUGGACGUCAUCCGAGACAUCGUGUCCCUCAGCCGCUUCCGGUGCUGCGUCGUCCUCACCGCCGUCGCCCACCCGGUGCACCUGCUCGCCGCCGGCGGCGCGUCCGCGGAGUCGGAGCGCCGCGUCGUGUUCGAGCAGUUCGAGGAGAAGCUGCGCGAGUGGAUGGGCGGCUCGGACGGCGCGGCGGAGGUCGCGUACGCGCCGGUGGUCUUCGCGCCGGUGUCUCGGCAGCAGCUGCUGCUCGCGCCGGCCUACGCGCACCUGUUCCCGCUGCUCGCGCGCGACCUGGAGGCGAUCAACGCGCGGCGGCCCGAGAAGAGGCGGCUCGCCGGCCUGGCGGACGUGGACGCGCACGCGCUCCCCGCGCAGCUGCAGCUGGACGUCAAGGCCCUGGCGGCGGCGCUCAACUCGCUGCUCGAGGCGAGCGGCGCGCGCGAGGAGAGCUUCGCCGUGGGGCCCAUGAGCCGCGUCAUCGCCGGGGAACUGGCCGCGCACCCGCAGGCCAAGAGCCGGCGGAAGACGGCCCACAAUAAAGCGUCCCUCAUUUUUGUGGACCGCACUAUGGACCUUACAGGAGCCGUUGGUCACCAUGGCGACAACCUGGUGGAGAAGAUUCUGACCGUGCUGGAACCUUUACCUGGCCACGUGACGGACGUACAGGUGGACAUGCUGGAGCUCACCAGUGUGCAGCGAACGCCCCACUCCCAGAGCCCCGUGGCGCCCGGCUGCCUGGCACAGACCCAGUCACCUGCAGCUCAGUCGCUAUGGGAGACCAUGCUGACCAGUAAACACAAAGAGGGGGUGAUGGAGGUCCAGCGGGCGCUGGUGGAGACGGCCAGCAAGGAGAAGCUGCCCAUCAAGAUGAGCAUGGGCCGAGUGACCCCUGAGCAGCUCUCCUCCUACGUGAGGCUCUUCCGGGGAUGCGGGGGGGCGCUGGAGAGCCACGGGGGGCUUCUCCAGCUGGGCCUGGCCACGGCGCAGACCCUGGGACACCCCGGCCUGCCGCGCUGGGACGCCUGCUUGGCCUUCGAGAGGCUGCUGCUGCAGGCUCUCGGAGACACCACCUUCCUCGGCGUGCUGAGGCAGCUGCUGCCCUUGAUGAAGCCGCGUGGCGGCGAGGACGCCUCGGGGUCGAGGUCCCGGGAGGACGGAUGCGGGCCGGAUGAGUUGAUCCUCCUGCUGGUCUACCUGUACUCCCUGGCCGACGAGGCGCAGCCCCCCCACGGAGGAGGAGGAGGAGGGGAGGAGGAGCAGCUGGAGAUGCUGGAGAGGGAGCUGAUCGGAGCGCUCACGCUGGUCGUCACUCGGGAGGCGGAGCUUAGCCCUCUGCUCCAGAAACUCACCGGUUGUGCGACCCCCGAGGAGCUGACCACGGAGCGAGCCCACUCCGCCGUGGGGGAAAUGUUUGGGACCCUGCGAGGUUUGAGCCACACCAGAGACCACCUGAAGCAGCUUCGCUCCGUCUACACGGCCAGCGACGGAGUUCACCAGGCCACCUACCGGCCCUUCCUGCGCCAGCUCCUGGAGGAGGUGUUCCACCCCGACAGACCCGAGUGCCCCGACAUAGAGCACACGUCCGGGGGCCUCACCGACCUGCUGAAGACCGGCUUCAGCAUGUUCAUGAAGGUGAGUCGUCCGCAUCCCGGCGACAACCCUCUGGUGCUCCUCUUCCUGGUGGGCGGAGUCACACCUUCAGAGCUCCGCCUCAUCAGGGACACCGCCUCCACGCACAAACCGGGGACUCAGGUGCUGGUUCUGUCCACCAGGUUACUGCGGCCCACCGAUGUCCCCGAGCUGCUCUUCCCCCCACGCGGGAGGACGCCACCCCCCGCCGGCAUCUAGGACACGUGCGCCGCAAACACCUCACAACACCUCGCCGGGUCAGGAGUCGAGGCCUCGUUAAUGAGAACCACUGUUGGGGAGGGAGGGGGGAACGUUCCUGUAUAUCAUUCCACACGUUCUUUAUCCAAGAGAAGAUAUUUAUUUUUGUUGAAGGAACAUAAAAAGAAAUUGAACAUUUCUGACAGAAACCUGUCCCCUAUCCCUCUGAGAGUGUGUGUGUGUGUGUGUGUGUGUGUGUGUGUGUGUGUGUGUGUGUGUGUGUGUGUGUGUGUGUGUGUGUGUGUGUGUGUGUGUGUCCAUUCACACCUCCUCUAACAGAGCAAAAUGAUUAACAAGUCCUCUCACACCGUCUGCUCAACACCUGCAGCUCUUUUCUCCCUUUAUUCUUCACCUCACACACACACACGUCAUCAGGAGGGUGGAUGAUUUUCACUAAUUAGCUUCUGGAGUGGGAAUAAACAAGCCCCAUCAGGAUGUUUCUCCCUGAUUCUCAGUCUCGAGAGAAUAAAAACCCAUCUGACAUCCUCCA